AUGUUAGAGAUUUUUAUUUGUUUCAACAUGGAAAAAAGAGAAGAAGUAACUAGUGAUGUUAAAAUUAUACUUGUAACAGGAGGGGUUAUAUCCGGAGUUGGAAAAGGAAUUAUUUCAUCAUCAUUAGGUGUACUUUUGAAAGCUAAUGGAUAUCGUGUCUCAGCUAUAAAAAUUGACCCAUAUAUUAAUAUUGAUGCUGGAACUUUUUCUCCCCUAGAACAUGGUGAAGUUUAUGUUCUUGAUGAUGGUGCAGAAGUUGAUUUAGAUCUUGGUAAUUAUGAACGUUUUCUUAAUGUGCGCCUUCGUCGUGAUAACAAUAUUACAACAGGUAAAAUAUAUAGGCAUGUUAUUGAUAAAGAAAGAAGAGGAGAUUAUCUUGGAAAAACUGUACAAACUAUUCCUCAUAUAACUGAAGCCAUUUCAAAUUGGGUUGAAAGAGUUGCCCAAAUUCCAGUUGAUGGUAGUCAUGAUAAACCACAUGUUUGUAUUGUAGAAUUAGGUGGAACAAUUGGUGAUAUUGAAGGUAUGCCAUUUGUAGCUGCUUUUGAAAAAUAUCAAAGACCACGUCUUAGAAAACGUUUUAUGACUGUUCAUGUAUCAUUAGUUAUUGCACCAAAAAGUACUGGAGAACCAAAGACAAAACCAAUGCAAAAUAGUAUUAAAAAUCUUAGAACAGCUGGUUUAACUCCAGAUCUUAUUAUAUGUCGUAGUGAAAAAAAAUUAACAGAAGAUUUAAAAAAUAAAAUUUGUGAAUUUGGUUUAGUUGAUUCAGAUCAGGUAGUUGGUGUACAUGAUUGUAAAAAUAUUUAUCAAGUUCCAAUUUUAUUACAAAGUCAGGGUGUAAUUGAUCUUAUUAAGAAACGCCUUCAUUUAGGUCUUCCAAAUAAAGAAGCUAUGUUAGCUGCUGUUCCAAAUAUGUUUCAAUGGUUUGAGUUUUCAAAUAUUGUUGAUUCAUUUAAAGAAGUUGUUAAUAUUGCUUUAGUUGGAAAAUAUGUUAAAAUAGAAGAUGCCUAUACAUCUGUUAAUAAAGCACUAGAACAUGCCGCUACACAUGCAAAAAGAAAUGUCAAGAUUCAUUUUAUUCAGGCACAGGAUCUUGAAAUUGAAACAGAUGAAAAGACAAGAAAAGCAGCAUGGGAUAAAAUUAAAGGUUGCCAAGGAAUUAUUGUACCAGGAGGUUUUGGAAAACGUGGAAUUGAAGGAAAAAUUUUGGCUUGUCAAUAUGCACGUGAAAAUAAAGUACCAUUUCUUGGUGUUUGUCUUGGUAUGCAAUGUGCAGCUGUUGAAUUUGCUAGAAAUGUUCUUGGAAUUAAAGAUGCUAACUCAUCAGAAUUUGAUAAAGAUAUACCAUUUGAAAAUCAGGUAAUUAUUGAUAUGCCAGAACAUGUAGGAGAUAAUGUUGACAUGGGAGGAACAAUGAGAUUAGGUUUAAGGACUACAGUCUUUUUGACAGAAAAUUGUAAACUUAAAAAAUUAUAUAAAUCUUUAGUAAUUGAGGAAAGACAUCGUCAUAGGUAUGAAGUAAAUCCUGCUCUUGUUCCAAGACUCUCUGAAGCUGGUUUAUUAUUUGUAGGUAUGGGAGUUGAUGAAUCUAGUAAUAUUGAUGAUGUUCAAAGAAGAACUGCAUCAGCAAAUAAUCUCAUUGAAAUGGCUACAUCAUAUCAAUCCGGUAAUCUUUUACAAGCAAUAAAUCAACUCUGUACCAGAGGUGGUAAUGGUGUCUCAAAAACUGCUGUACGUAUGGAAAUAUUAGAAAUAAAAGAUCAUCCAUAUUUUGUUGGAUGUCAAUAUCAUCCAGAAUAUCUUUCACAUCCAAUAACUCCAUCACCACCAUUCCUUGGUUUAUUGUUAGCAGCUUCAGGGCAAAUUGAAGGAUAUUUAAGUGGUGAAAAAAUCCCUACUCCAAUAAAAAAUUUAUCAAGAAAAGAAAGUAAGGAAAAUUCUUUUUCUGAAAAUUCUGAAACGCACUUUUACUAG